AUGCAACUACAUACGAGCCUAGUGAUUGCUAUACUCUUCUUGGUGAGCUCAUGCUUUGCCGUUAAGGACUAUCUAUUCAAGUCUUGUGAGCAGAAUGGAUUUUGCCAUAGAAACAGGCACUAUGCUAAGGAAAUUACAUUGGAUCCUAAUUUCAUAUCUCCAUACAGUGUCAGUCCCGAAAGUAUAUCCAUUGAAGACAGUAUAAUCAAAGGUAUAGUUGUCAAACAGUUACCUCAUAUUGACACCAGUGUGGAAUUUCCUUUUGAGGUCAGUAUCCUUUGCAACAGCUUUCAUUUCAAAUUGGACGAAAACAGAGAAUCCAAGCAGCAAGUUGUAAACCACCAAAGAUACAAUGAAACUGUUGAAUGGGCAUUCGUGGAUGGUGUGGAUACCAAUAGAGAAGCAAAAUUCAAUAAAGAUGAGAGAUCAAUUGAUGUAUCUUACGGACACAACAAGGUUACAAUUGAGUUUCAUCCGGUGAAGCUUACAUUCUUUCACCGGGGUAAUGAGGUAUUGGUUGUCAAUGACAAACAAUUCCUAAACAUAGAACACCAAAGAUCUAAAGAGGACAAUGAGGACAAUGUCCUCCCCCAAGAAACCACCUUCAAUAUGUUUUCAGACAAUUUUGCUGAUUCGAAAAAUGACAAACUUCCACUAGGCCCAGAGUCAAUUGGCUUGGAUUUUAACUUGAAGGGUUUCAGUAAUUUAUAUGGCAUUCCUGAACACGCAGACUCCUUGUUGUUAAAGGAUACCCUGGGAAGAGAACCAUAUCGUUUGUAUAAUGUUGACAUUUUCGAAUAUGAAACUGACUCGAGGCUACCCAUGUACGGAUCAAUUCCAUUAUUGAUGGCGGUGAAUGCACAUGAGGCUUUAGGAAUCUUUUGGGUCAACAGCGCUGAUUCGUAUAUUGAUAUUACGAGGCAACAAGACUCAACUGUCCACUGGAUGUCAGAAAAUGGGGUGUUGGAGUUUGUCAUCAUUAUUGGGGAAUCACCACAAAAGGUUAACGAGGAGUAUGGAAAACUUACAGGAAACGUGCAGUUGCCAAUAUUGGCAAGUUUGGGGUAUCAUCAGUGUAGAUGGAACUACAACGAUAUCAAAGACGUGUUGGAAGUCAGUUCCAAGUUUGAUGAAUUUGAAAUUCCUUAUGAUACCAUAUGGUUGGAUAUCGAGUAUGCUGACAACAAAAAGUAUUUUACUUGGGAUUCAGAAAAUUUUGGUGAUCCAGCACAUAUGUUAAAAGUGUUGAAUCGUACAGGAAGAAACCUUGCGGUGAUUAUCGAUCCUCAUAUUAAGACAGGAUAUGAAGUUAGUGAUGCAAUAGUUUCGCAAAAUCUUGCCAUGAAGAACAACGAGAACGAGGUUUAUUAUGGACAUUGCUGGCCAGGUGAGUCUGUUUGGAUAGAUACUCUCAACCCCAAAAGUCAAUCAUUUUGGAACGAGUUGCACAAGACAUUUAUGAUUUCAGACGAGCACAAAAAUUUGUUUCUUUGGAAUGACAUGAAUGAGCCGUCGGUAUUCAAUGGGCCAGAGACAAGUGCACCAAAGGACAACUUACACUAUGGGCAAUGGGAACACCGGUCGAUACACAAUCUUAAUGGAUUGACUUACCACGAAGCAACCUACAAGUCAUUGAUUGACAGGUUGCCAACGCAAAGACCAUUCAUUUUAACUCGUUCUUAUUUUGCAGGUAGCCAGAGAACAGCUGCAAUGUGGACAGGAGACAAUAUGUCCAAAUGGGAGUAUUUAAAAAUAUCCAUUCCAAUGGUGCUCACCUCAAACAUUGUAGGUAUGCCCUUUGCAGGCGCUGAUGUUGGUGGCUUUUUUGGUAAUCCCCUGGGCGAAUUGCUUACCAGAUGGUAUCAAGCUGGAAUCUGGUACCCGUUUUUCCGCGCACACGCUCACAUAGACUCAAGGAGGAGAGAACCGUACUUGCUAGGGGACCCAUUUAGAUCUUAUGUUAAAGACGCAAUUAGGUUGAGGUAUAAGUUGUUGCCUGUGUUUUAUACGAGUUUUCAUCAGGCGUCUUUAACUGGAGCUCCUGUUUUGAAACCAGUUUUCUACGAUUAUAAAGAUCUGACAGAUGACGGAGUUUAUGAUAUCGAAGAUGAGUUCUUUUUGGGAAACUCGGGCAUUUUGGCUAAGCCAGUCACCGAUGAGGGAGCUAAGCAAGUUUCCUUUGCUGCUCCAAAAUUCUCGAACGAAAACUUUUUUGAGUUUACUAAUGGGAUAGUUAGUGGGAAAGUUUAUCAUGAUCGUCUUUCAGCUGAAUUGAGCGAUGUUCCCAUGUUGUUAAAAGGUGGAUCUGUUGUGCCUAUGAAGAAUAGGUAUAGGAGAUCGUCGCGAUUAAUGAGGCACGACCCGUAUACAUUAGUUGUUGCGUUGGAUAAAAACGGCCGCGCAACUGGCAACUUAUACGUUGAUGAUGGCGAAUCUUUGAAUUCGGAGUACAAAUUAUUGACAUUCAUUGUUGACAAAGAGGGCAUUUCGUUGUCUUCAACCGGUGACUAUGCUUUCUCAGUCAGUAUCGAGAAGAUAAUUAUAGUUGGCGCAGAUUUUGCGAUUGAUACAGUUAGUUCAGGAAGAGUAAUCAGCGAGUCGGAAAAGAUUACAAUCGUCGAUCCAAAAGAAUUUCCAGUCAAGUUUGGUAAAGGGUCGUUGAGCCAUGAUGAGUUGUAA